AUGAUUUUAUUGAUAUUUUAUUCUUUAUUUUAUUAUGCUCAGAACAUUAACGAUUUUGAGUUUACUAAUAUAACAUGUAGUGCAGCUUUGGAAUAUGUUGAAGUUCACGUGUGUGCAAAAAAGGGAAGACUAGCUUCAGUUGAUGUUAGUUUUUUGAAACCUGCAAACAUAAAAUUCUUUCUAAAAAGAAACAACAAGCGGUCAGAAAUUUUCAAAGCACCUCCAAUUGAGUGGUGUAAAAUGGUAGAUGGAAAAUCUCAAGCAACGAGUUUUCAAAAAUUACUUAUAAAAUCUAUUCAGAUCUCAUCUCCAAAAUUUAUCCAUCCAUGUCCAUACGAAGGCAGACAGUCAAUUAUUAAUGCUACUGCUCCAAAAGAUGUUGUUGAAAUCGUUCCGACUGGAUUAUUUGAAGUGAAAUUGAGAUUUUUUGAUAAAGUUGAAAAUAAUAUUUUAUCAAUUAAUAAUGUCAACGAUUAUAUUUUCACAAAUUUGACAUGUCAUGGAGCUUCAGGAUAUGCUGAAGUUAAUGUUUGUGAAUCUCAAAAGAAACAAGGUUUUAUGGAAGCUGAAUUUUUACGACCAUUCAGUAAUUUUAAGGUUAGCAUAAACUUUUUCCUCAAAAGAGGCAGCAACUUUGUUGAAGUUUUCAAAACACCCCCAAUCGAUUGGUGUAAAUUCGUUGAUGGAAAGGCACAAUUAAUGAGCUUUCAAAAAUUGCUCAUUAAAUCUCUACAAAAUGCCAGUCCACACUUGAUUCAUCCAUGUCCAUAUGUUGGAAAGCAAAUUAUAUCAAAUGCCACUGCUCCUAAGGAUGUCAUUGAAAUUCUUCCACAAGGAACGUUUAAAGUAAUUUUGAAAAUGUUUGAUAAAAUUGAAAAAAGCUUGUUUAAAAUUGUUGUCCAUGCAGAUGUGAUGACCAUAAAGUUUUAUCAAAAAAGAGGCAAAAAAAUGUUUGAAGUUUUCAAAACGCCACUAAUUGACUGGUGUAAAAUGAUGGAUGGACGAUCUCAAGCUGCAAGUUUUCAAAAGUUUGUUCUAAAAACUCUUCAAGCUUCUGUUCCGAAUUUCUUUCAAAAGUGUCCAUAUCAAGGAAAGUUUACAUUGUUCAAUAUUAGUUCUCCAAGGGAUGUCGUGGAAAUUUUUCCUCUCGGACAUAUUAAGCUCAGUACAACGAUUUCUGACUUAACAGAGAAAAAUAUUGUAACUUUUAGCGUCUUUCUUGAGGUGGAUAUGAAGUUCUUCUUGAAAAGAGGGGACAAAUUUUUUGAAAUUUUCAAAACACCUCCAAUCGACUGGUGUAAAAUAGUUGGUGGCAAGUCGCGAGCACUGUCUUUUCAGAAGAUUCUUCUUAAAUCUCUUCAAUCUUCAGCUGCUAAAUUUAUUCAUCCAUGUCCAUACCAAGGAAAAUAUACUGCAUUUAAUAUUACUGCACCUAAAGAUGUUAUUGAGAUUUUUCCUACUGGAUCGUUUAAAUUGAACUUGAAAAUUUAUGAUACGAUUGAUAGCGAUAUCGCUAAUUUUAAUUUGAGAAGUGAUAUAUUUAAAGUUUAA